AUGGCUGCAUCCAGUCUAACUCUCCCUCUCUUCAAUGUCUUCCAUCUCACAGUUUGUGUGCUGUACACUCAAGGAAUCGCCAACAGGGAAUGGAGAGAGUUCGGCAGAACAGAAGUCAUCGACAACACCCUCAACCCUGACUUUGUCCGCAAAUUCAUCCUGGACUAUUUCUUUGAGGAGAGACAAAAUCUACGGUUUGACCUGUAUGAUUUAGACUGCAAGAGCGACAACCUCUCUAAACAUGUGAGUGUCUCCUUUUGCUCCUCAGCUGCACAACAAUCAGCCCCACAUCCAUAAAGAUACUGUGUCGCUGUUAAAUCUGUGUGUGUCAAGAGUCAACAGAGCAUCACAGGAAUUACAGUUUAUUAUUGACUUCAGCACAAACAGAGAGAUUAUUCAGUGUAAACCUGAAAGCCGAUGGAGGAGUUCAACCAAAGUUCCAGCAGUCAAUUCACUUUGGAGGUUAAAUUCAGAGUUUGGAUUCAUGUGAUCAUGACUGCAAACCUUUAACUUCUGACCGCAGCCCUACAGGCUGAUCCUCCACCUUCAUUCACACAGACAAUGGCCUCUCGUCACUCGGUCUCCACCCUG